UUACAAUUAAAGUAGAUCUUAUUGCACUUUGCAGACGGCCCCUAACUGCGCGCGCUCCCACCGCAGGCCGCUUUUCGUUUUCGGAGAUUUAUUGGACUGCAACAGGAAGUCGAGAUGAAAUGGAUUGUACAGAGUUCACGACUACUUCCUGCCCUGCACUGAGGGAACUUUCAUGAAUCAGCCUACUGGACAUAAACAAUGUUUUGCCUGUACGAACUGUGUUGCAGGCACUGGAGGUUUUCAGGCCAGGAUAACAUCAGCGAGCGGUGCCGGGAUUGGGCACCAGAAUCAGAGCUGAGCGAGCAGUCAACGAAACCGAGCUCAGCAGCCUCCUAGUAAAAAUGGCAUGAACGGGACCGAACACAGAGACCAACAGGGAAUAUAGUACCAGUGUGAUGUCCCUGUCCCCUGAUUUUACUCUCACUUCAUCCCAAAUCUCAGUGAGAGGACGUCUUCAGCCCAUGAAAGCUGUGAUUCUGCUGUACAAAAUGAUGUUUAGAAGAAAACCUCUGGCACCUGCAGCAUUGAUGAUACUUGUGAUGAAUGUCUUCAGAGUCACAGUUCAGAGACACAGCCUCCCGUGUCAUCGAGGAGAGUAUGAGAUAGGGGAGGAAUGCUGCCAUGUUUGUCCUGCUGGAAGUCGAGUUAAAACAGAUUGUACAGAGUUCACAAUUACUUCCUGUCUGCCCUGCACUGAGGGAACCUUCAUGAAUCAGCCGACUGGACGUAAACAAUGUUACCCCUGUUCAACCUGUGUUGCAGGUUCUGGUUUGAAGAUAAAGACGUCAUGUACAACAACAUCAGAUGCAGUUUGUGAACCACUGGAGGGAUUCUACUGUCUGGACUCUACAGAGGACAGCUGUAUGACAGCGCAGAGACACACAAGCUGUCAACCAGGACAAUACAUCAGCCAGAAAGGAACAGCAUUCACAGACACAAAGUGCUCUGACUGCAGCGUUGGAACAUUUUCAGAUGGGACAUUUACGUCCUGUCAGCCGCACACACAAUGUGAAUCAAUAAACCUGAAAGCAGGAACUGCUUCAACCGAUGCUGAAUGUGGAGAACAAAGUUCAGACAGGACAGGAGUUGUGAUCGGUGCUGCUGUUGGGGGGAUUCUUUGUUUAUUAAUUUUAAUAUUGGGCUUGUUGCUUUUUUCUAUGUCAAAAAGAAGAAAGGACGUCUAAACAGAGAAGACAUUCCACAACUGGAACGUUUUAUUACAAGAAGAAAUCAGAUGCAAACAAUCCCCAACAGAACAGAAACGUGAAUGGAGAAGAAAUACCAGGUGAAUGUCCUGCACACGGCGCUACAAGCUGAACACUCUACAGAAGUGCUGGUCUACAGUCUGGAUCAUUAUCUCAAACAUAUGUUACUGUAGAGAGACUGAAGUCAGCCUGGAAUAACAACGUGGAGCAAGCUGCAGACUUCCAGUCAAUCAUCUUCAUGUGACUGUACAUGUAGGCUUCUUUCUUCUUCUGUGGUGGUCACAGAGCUUACGGCUGGAUCUGAACACAGACAGACUGAAACUGGACUUCAUCUGUCAUAAACCAGAACAAAGAGCUGGAACAGAAGAAAGAUUCAAUCUGAACUGCAACAUGAUGGACAAAUGGUGACUGAUAAAAGCAGGGAAGCUGGAUAGUGUGCAGGUACAGCUCCAGGUGGGUACAGGUGAAGCACCAAAGCAGCGUGUGGUAGGAGGAGAGGUAGUCCACAUGCCAAAAUUUUUGGGGAACAUGAAUUCCUGGAAGCCUGUGUUUUAACAAGGCGUUAAAUGGAAAUCCAGUCGGAUGUUGUUAUGGAGCCAGUGUGGAUUUGUGCAUUUUAUAUCAAAUAAAUUUGGAGAUCCCAAAGUCUUUCUCUCUCCCUGAGAGAAAGAAAAGGAGGGGGUUUGAGAUAUCAACCCUCAACAGACAGCUGAAGCAACCAAAGGAGGAGGUGAAAGGUUUGCUUUCCCUAAGGGCUGUUUCUGGGCAGUUCGAUCAUAAAACUGGUCACCUUUUGGCAGCAGCCGAGACAAGGCUCUGUGCCUGACUGUUAAAAUGACAAAGAAACACUAAUCAGACAUUUUCUUUCUCCUGAACAGCCUAUCAGAACUCUUUUUAAGAGAGGGCAAGAAACCCUAAACUGCCCCCCGCACACGUAACCAUGGCAACUGACCUCCCUCUUUGUUUAAUUACCCCACAUCAAAGGAUAUUCUCCUCUUCACGCCCUGAUGUGAGAAACUCUAGAACACCAGAGGACAGCCCUGAACUCUUUGUGUAAACAAAGAGUACUGUCUCCUCAAAACUCAAAGCAUUACCUUGUUUAAUUAAAUAAUCUUUAAAUUACUUAA